AUGCCUACCAAACCUAUACCAAUGCUUUUCGCCCUAUUAGCUCUCAUCCUAUCCUUCACUUCGUCGGUGACUGCCCUUGGCACGUCAUGCAGUGUACCGCUUGGGGCUGGGACUGCCGCUCCGGGUGAACCUUUUUGGCUACAAACUAUCAAGCAUCAGGGAACUGCAGCCUUUAACCCUAAUCCUGCUGGAUACCAGGUCUUUCGCAAUGUGAAAGACUUCGGCGCCAGAGGUGAUGGUGUAACUGAUGAUACAGCAGCGAUCAACAAUGCUAUAUCUUCUGGAGGUCGCUGUGGGGGUGGCUCUUGCCAUUCGUCAACUGUUACCCCGGCCUUAGUUUAUUUCCCCGCCGGCACAUACCUGGUUACUUCGCCUAUUGUGCCUUACUACUACACCCAGUUAAUUGGCGAUGCCCGAAACCUACCUACUCUUCUCGCUGCAGCGAACUUCGUAGGGAUGGCCGUCAUUGACGCCGACCCGUACAUUCCAGGAGGUAAUGGUGCCCAAUGGUACACCAAUCAGAAUAACUUCUUCCGAUCUGUCCGAAACUUCGUGAUCGACACCCGCAGGAUGCCCGCCGGUGCUACAGGGACUGGUAUUCACUGGCAAGUAGCACAGGCUACUUCCUUGAUGAACAUUGUAUUCCAGCUGAGCACGGCUGCUGGCAACGCCCAUCAGGGUAUCUGGAUGGAAAAUGGCAGCGGAGGAUACAUGGGUGACAUGGUCUUCAAUGGAGGCAAAUUUGGUAUGUGGGUUGGGAAUCAACAAUUUACCGUACGCAAUGUGACCAUGAACAACGCUGAUACGGCUAUAUUUGGCCUUUGGAACUGGGGAUGGACCUUCCAGGGAGUUACCAUCAACAACUGUCAAGUUGGCUUCGACCUUUCCACUGGAGGCGUCACACAGGAAACACAGACUGUUGGUGCGGAGGCUAUAAUCGACGCCGUUGUGACGAAUACUCCCAUCUUCGUUAGAACAUCUCAACCAAGCAACGGAAGGCUAGGGGGAUCCUUGGUGCUAAAUAACAUAAAGUUGAACAACGUGCCCGUCGCCGUCGGUGUCGCUGGUGGUGCAACCGUUCUCAGUGGCGGGACUACUACGAUCACGUCCUGGGGCCAAGGAAACGUGUAUUCCGGAGUCAAUGCGAAUGGCGCAUUCACACAGGGAAAUAUUCCUACGCCUAACAAGCCUGCUCCAUUGCUGGACUCUUCAGGGAAAAUCUUUGGAAAGACUCACCCACAAUACGCUGCGUAUUCCCUCAGCCAAAUCGUGAGCGUGAAGGACCACGGUGCAAGGGGUGAUGGCACAACAGAUGAUACGGCUGCGCUUCAGGCAAUAUUCAAUCAGUUCUCGGGUUGCAAGAUUAUCUUCUUUGACGCUGGUACUUACAUCGUUACAUCCACUCUGACGAUCCCGGCUGGUACCCAGAUGACCGGAGAAGCUUGGACUGUUAUUGCGGGCAAAGGAGCUACCUUUAACAAUAUAAAUAACCCCGUCCCUGUGGUGCGAGUCGGAGAAACCAACUCUCAAGGCUUGACGGAAAUUUCGGACAUCGUAUUCUCGACUGUGGGGCCCGCCCCUGGCGCAAUUGUUGUCGAAUGGAACGUCAAGCAGCCCGCCAACCAACAGGGUGGUGCUGGAAUGUGGGACUCGCAUAUCAGACUUGGCGGAGGUCAGUGUCUUGUGUAA